AGUGAAGACAGACAGGAUUCAGGGCUUGAAGGAUGCCGGAGGCUCGGACACAACGCAUUAAUUUGGUGGUGGCGGAGAGAAGGGUGGGAGAAAUGCCAGCACCAGUAUUUCGAACAGAAGAGGCACCUCGGGGCAAAUGCCCAAGACCAGGUGCGUCAGGACCCAAAGCUAGGCCACGCCUCAGCGUUGCCUGGCAACAGAGCUGCGCCCGGCGCAGUGCGUCCUAGGCGUUUGUUCUCCCCGCUGCCUUCCUGCGGGGCGGUGGGAACCGCCAGGACCGCGGUGGGUUCCCUUAACGCUUUAAAGGGACGUCGGAGACAGAAGUCCCGGCCCGAAGUGAGGCGGAACACCAUGCAGGAUCCAAAUGAAGAUACAGAAUGGAAUGAAAUUUUAAGAGAUUUUGGCAUUCUUCCUCCAAAAGAAGAGCCAAAAGAUGAAAUUGAAGAAAUGGUUUUACGUUUACAGAAAGAAGCAAUGGUUAAACCAUAUGAAAAGAUGACUCUUGCAGAAUUGAAGGACGCGGAAGAUGAAUUUGAUGAUGAAGAUAUGAAAGCUAUUGAAAUAUAUAGAGAAAAGCGGUUACAGGAAUGGAAAGCUCUCAAGAAAAAACAAAAAUUUGGGGAAUUAAGAGAAAUUUCUGGAAAUCAGUAUGUGAAUGAAGUCACAAAUGCAGAAAAAGAUGUGUGGGUUAUAAUUCAUCUAUACAGAUCAAGCAUCCCAAUGUGUUUGUUGGUUAACCAGCAUCUUAGUCUCCUAGCAAGAAAGUUUCCUGAAACUAAAUUUGUUAAAGCCAUUGUGAAUAGCUGUAUUGAACACUACCAUGACAAUUGUUUACCAACCAUUUUUGUUUAUAAAAAUGGUCAGAUAGAAGGCAAGUUCAUUGGAAUUAUAGAAUGUGGAGGGAUAAAUCUCAAGCUCGAAGAACUUGAAUGGAAGCUAGCAGAAGUUGGAGCAAUACAGACUGAUUUGGAAGAAAACCCCAAAAAAGCCAUUGUAGAUGUGAUGGUGUCUUCAAUUAGAAACACUUGUAUUUAUGAUGGCACUGAUGGCUCAGGCAGUGACAGUGAGGACACCAAGUAGGAAUAUUUAAUAAACAGCUUUCAAAUG